CUCUGCUCUGUCAGUCGGACAGUGACUCACUGGGUGCUCUUACUUGGAUUCUCCUCACUGAGAAGCAGAUGAAGUGCAGGAUAAGGGCAGCGCUGCGACAAUUUCAAGUUUCUGGACCUUCUUACCAGGACAAACAGAGCUCAAGAGCACCGUCUUCUGGCUGAAAAGAAAACAUCUAGGGAUUCUGGUGGAUUACAUCGUAUCAACUUCUGUAAUCCCCCCCGCCAUUCAUUGCAGGAGCUCAGACAUUUCUUUGUGUGUCUUUUUUCUGUACUUGGACACAUUCUUCACACCUCCCACUGCCAAAAGCAUGUCAACAAAUAUGACUUUAUAGCCACUGACUGCAGGCGGAAAAUAAGAAAAGCAACAUUAAGCAUGGAGGCUUCAAGUUCUGCUCACGCAGGGACUCCCCACUUCACACUCCCCCUCUCCCCUACUCCCUCCUCUUAUGGCUGCUUGCAGUUCUUCAGGGAAUACCAGGACAAUUCUGUUAUUAGGGAGCAUUACAACUACACGGGCAAGCUGCAGAAGGACCGCUACCGUGAAGGGCUCAAACCUGAGGGCAUUGCGUUCCUGGUGGUGUGCCUCCUCAUCGUCCUGGAGAAUGCUGUGGUUCUCAUCGCCAUUUGGAGGAACAAGAAGUUCCACCUGCCCAUGUAUUACCUGCUGGGAAACCUGACUCUGUCUGAUCUGCUGGCUGGGAUUACAUACAUGGCAAACAUCAUCAUGUCUGGACCUUAUACCCUGAAACUGACGCCGCUGCUGUGGUUCCUCAGGGAGGGAGGGGUCUUCAUCACUCUGGCGGCCUCCAUAAUCAGUCUGCUGGCCAUUGCAAUUGAACGACAUGUAACUAUGGUGACGAUGAGGCCAUAUCAUGGGGCAAAGCGGGGACGGAUGUUGGCACUGAUUGGUGCAAGUUGGGCCCUGGCAGGGUUUUUGGGGGUCCUCCCAAUUUUGGGAUGGAACUGUAUGCACAGACUGGACCAGUGCUCCACGGUGCUCCCGCUUUACGCCAAGAGCUACAUCCUCUUCUGCGUAUCUGUGUUCAGCGCGGUGCUCCUGGCCAUUGUGGUGCUUUACGCCAGAGUUUUCCGCAUCGUCCGCACCAACACGCAGAGGCAGCGGCUGGGCCUGUCCGGCAGCAUGAGGAAGGGCUUAGCAAGGAAGUCGCAGAAGUACAUUGCCCUCCUCAAGACAGUCACCAUCGUGCUGGGCGUCUUCAUAGCCUGUUGGCUGCCCCUCUUCCUCCUCCUCCUCCUAGAUUUUUUCUGCCCCACCCACAGCUGUCACCUUCUCUACAAGGCCGAUUACUUCCUGGGAGUAGCCAUGGUCAACUCGCUCCUCAACCCCAUCAUCUACACUCUGACCAGUAAGGACAUGAGAAGAGCAAUCCUGAGGCUGCUCUGUCGGCCAUGUCUGAUGACCAGAGACGGCCAGGUGAAGAAGAUCGGGAUGCCGUUCCUUGAGUGCAGCUUCAGUAAAACUGAGGUGGCAACCCAGAAGUUGGAGGGGGGGCAGGAGACGACCAUUUCGUCUGGAAACAAUGUCACCACACCAUCUCCUAUCAAGGCCCUUUACCCCAAACUCUUCAAGUCAUGAGGACUAAUACUGACUGAUCGAGUCCAUGAGUGUGUAAAUGGGUUUCCCACUGAACAGAAGACAUGUAGCACAUCGUAACACACGUGGUGCAGUUAUAGCAACAUGAUCACAUGAAUGGACUUCAUACAGAUGCCACUCAAACGUGAACAAACAUGAGUACAUGGUAGUGAUGAGUCUCCUCAAUAUAUUUGCACUGAAAUAUCACAAUGAAUGAGUAGAGCAGCCUUGGAUUCAAUGUUCCUGUGUUUCUGUAGUUUGAAGCCUGGAAGAAGACUUCAGUGAACCCUAAGACUCUUGUGACUGAAGAAAUUUAACAUUCUCCCCCAGACUUGCUGGGUUGAACAGUGAACGAUUGUGGUUUACCCUUCUAUGCAGUCUGUUUUUGAAGGGCCUUAAUCAAAGCAUCAACGCUUCUAUGCCAGCUGUGCAUCUGCAGACCCAGAUUUCGCUGGUUCGAAAGCCCCGUGGUGUGCCAGAUUUGUUCGGAUAAGAGUGUGUUGGGUGCCCACGUAUCUAAUGAGAGCUAACAGUGAGACAGAAAGGGGUAGCGCUCACCUCAGUGAAGAAUGCUGUGGUUUAACUGUGGGAGGGAGAUGCGACAUUAAAACCCCCUCAGUGUUUUGUAAUGACAGAUGGUGAACCCAUUUGAUGCAGAGUGGAAAGUUGUUGGCGUGAUGUCUGAUUGUUUCUAAUGUCAGGAAAACUGAAAAACAAAAACAACAAAACAUCAUCAGGGUAUGUGAGCAUGACAUGCUGAUAGUUUAACCUUGAAGCCAAAGCAUUUGCAUCUAAGUAAAAGCUCAAUAAAUUAUUGCUUCAAGGAUUUAUGUUUCAACUUGCAAAUAAAAGCUGUAAAUAUGAUUAUUCAUCAUCCAGCUGCAUCGGGACUUUUAAGGACAGGAACGUGCCUGCACUUGUAAGCUAAAUCAUGUUGAAUCAAUGCAAUUAUCCCUUCACAAUCCAUCAUGUCAGCAGAAUAUUUCGGGUACUGAAUUUGUUUUCUUAUUAUGAAAUGAGUUUGACGGCAGUGUUUUUAUACAGAUAUUUUUAAAUGCAGGACCUGAAUUGUUGAAUGAGACAGUGUGCUUUUUUUGUACUAUAAUUCAUGUAGUGAACUUUUUUGUAUUUCUGAAUACUUUUCAUAUCAUCUGUAUUAUAAAUUAUAUCUAUUUUGUAACGAGACAAGGCGUGCAAACUUUACCUUUCUUUUCAUAAAAGAAAUAAAAUGUUCUCCUUAA